AUGCUCUGCAUAUGGUUCAUCGUUGACGCGCACUUUAAUAAUGUUCAAGAAGAAACUGUUGAGGCUGGCGUUGCCGAGAAGCCAUGGCGAUAUGAGGCAAAAGAAGGAGAAGAAGAGUAUAAGACCUCUGAUCAGGAAAUCGCCCACGGUGUCACGGAAGAAACGCCAUUGGCAAUCAUCACCGCUCAUCAUCCAAGCACUCCGGCGCAAAGCCAUACGGUCGCAACACCUAGCCCAUCUCUACCCGAUCGCGUCGUAGUAAUGGCAAAGCUUCCCACUGACGACACGCGCUGGGUACAUACCGACCUACCAGACUGGCAAUCAGCCAUCUACGACAUUGACACUGAGACCCCGCACAAGACAUCGAAUCUGGACCCACUCACAAACAGUACUCUGCGUACGCUUCGGAACAAAGGAAUGGAAGCGAAUGCUUACCUCGCAUACAUUGUACAAAAUUACGAUAAUCUCCCUUCAACGAUCGCCUUCAUUCAUCCGCACAAAGACGGCUAUCCAAUCGCCUGGCAUACCGACAACAGCGAACAUUCGAAUGUAGUCUCUCUACAAACCCUCAACAUCAACUUCAUUCAAAGCAAUGGUUACGCGAAUUUGCGUUGCGUUCCUGAUCCCGGCUGCCCACACGAAGUGAUGCCGUUCCGAGAUCCGCCGGAGGAACAUCGAACAAUCGAAGCAGCAAUGCCAGAUGCGUGGCGAGACUUGUUUAACAAUACUGAUGUACCGCACAUAUUGGCCACUCCUUGCUGCGCACAGUUUGCCGUGUCGAGCAAGCAAGUGAGGAAGCGGCCUUUGGACGAAUACAAACAGUACUAUACGUGGCUGAUGGAAACACCCCUAAAGGAUGAGACCAGUGGGCGGGUGUUUGAGUAUCUUUGGCAUAUUUUGUUUGGCCAAGAGCCGGUCUACUGCCCUGCAUACGAGAAGUGUUAUUGCGAUGUGUAUAACAAAUGUUGA